AUGGACGGCUCGAGGUCACUCGGCAGAGACGCGGGCGAGCUGAGCCCAGCGGCCUCCAUGGCGCCUGCUGGCUCCGCCGCUGUCUCUCCUUCGCCGAUCCUUCUGCCUGAAGGGAGCUUGACUGCGUCCGAAGGCCCCGGCGCACGUGGAAAGUGCUCUUCGCGUCAACGCCUCGAGCUGUCUGCUUCAGCUUCCGCCACCCUCUCUUCGCCCUCCUCGUCUUCGCCCUCGUCCUCCUCUAGCAGUAGUCACUCUUCUUCGUCCUCGUCUUCGUCAUCCACCUCCCCUUCGCUUUCUUCGCAGUCUUCUCCGCAGUCGACACUGUCAUCACCCACUUCGUGGAACGCAGUCUUCGCACCCUCGCUUCCCUCGUCCGCCUCGCCCGACGUGGCGGCCUCGCUGGCGCUCGGGGCGUCUCCGUCUGCGCCAGACUCCGGACUCCCCCGCACCGAGCCGCGGUCGCCGAGCUCUUCGCUGUCUUCCGCUCCAGGCGUUCACUUCCCCCUUUUGCCUUCCUUUGCGCAAGCAGGCUCUCCCGCGGCGCCCAGCGCUGCCCGGGCACAGAUGCAGCGCCCCAGCGCUUCUUCUGACCCGUCGACGAGCCCUGCGGGGAGGAUGGCGGGCGAGAGGCUUCGCGGCAGACCGCAGGUGAAUGAUCCAAUGCAGCGCCACGCGGCAGCCGAAGGGCAACAGCCGCUCGGUUCGGGAGCCAAGCGAGAGAGCGAUCUCUGCUCCCGUGCGGGGGAGCGCAGCGCUCCAGGCACACCCGGCAAGAUCGCACGCAAAUCGAUCGCGGAGUCCAAGAAAACGCCGUCGGAGCAAACGCUGGCGGCACUCGAGGCGGUGUCUGCAGCUCGAGCAUCGCCCCACAAGACUCCGCCUGACGCGUCAAAACACCCUUCUGGGACUUCACCGUCGGCUGCGUCCCCCUCGGGAACUGCCGACUCCGGGGUGGAUCUUACUGUCGCCUCGGAGCGGCUGGACGGCAGUCGGUCGAGACUCUGCGACACUUUGGCUACCGAGCUUGCGCAGCAGCUGGAGAUGAUUGUGGAAGACACGCCUGGGCUCUUGUCAACGCUGAAUCAAGACGCGACAGACAAGAGCGACGCCCUUCCCAUUGAGCUCGAAAUUGAAGGACGCCUCGGUGUGUUGAUCGAUCUGGACACGGGCUCCCGACUGCGUCUUCCGCUGUCUUCUCUGGCCCUCCUCAGUUCGAGCUUUUGCUCUGGGGGCGGCGGGGCCCCCUCUGGAUCGUCCGGCCUCCGCUUUGAGGCUGGCGUCAGCCAGAAACAGUUUACGUCUAUCCAGGAGUUUAUCGUGGACACAGUUGUUGGGAAGGCCGCACCGGGGCAGACCGGCGGGGCGGGUGCGCAGACAGCCGGGAUGCCCAGGGCGGCGGGACAGUCCCCUGGCGGGCAAAAGAGAACCCGCGACCAGAUCGCCUCGAAUGCGCGGGCCUAUUCCAGUGGAGUAAGGUCGCAGGCGCCGGAGGAGGAGGACUAUCUAAGCGACUGGGCGUCGUUGAUUGACGACGACUCGAGCAGUGAAGACGACGCAGACGGCAGGGCCUCGUCGCGACUUCGGCAGAGGAAGCGGGGCAAGCUGCGUGUGCGGCGAGAGAGAUCGCCUUCGCGGGCCGUCGCGUCAGCUCCGCCGCCGGAGGCCGCCGCGUGGGUCCAGUUGCCGAUUCAAGCGACGGAAGAAGAAUAUCACAGUCUGUCCUGCAUGCCGGACACAGCGAUUCGUGUGUCGUAUCCUCACCCGCGGUCGCUUCCAGGCAGCCUUCUUCCACUAGGCGCCAUUUGGAAAAGCAAUCAGAUGACUUGGAACCUGUACGCGGGUCAAGACAGCGAGCAGGAGUGGGCCGACGACGCGGCUCGCGGCGGCGGUCCCGACGAGGGGUGCUCUGCGUGGGGGGACGACGACAGCGGAAGACGGCGCGUCGACUGCAGGCUGGCGAUCAACAUUGAGCACCACCCGAACCUGAGAGAAGUCGUGCGCGAUUUGGAGCGGAGAAGCAAAAUGGGCGGCAGGCCCCUCACGGGGCAAGGAAGCCAGGGCCCCGUGAUGCGCAGAAUUCGAAAGCGACAGAGCUUCGUCCAUCCCUGCGGAGUGCGAAUCGAUCUCACCGAAGUCCGCAUGGACAUGGGCGGCGGUGGCAAGGGCCCUGGAGGCAAAGGCAGAGAGCGGCUGCUUUUCGAAGUUGAAACGGAGUUGAACUCCGUUCUUGUCCUUCAGGCCAUACAGUAUAAACAAAUGACAGGGGACAGUCUGCCCCUGCUUUCGCUCUGCGUCUCAUUCCUUACGGUUUUGGAGGAUUUGUCUGUGCACCUAAACGCAGUGCUUGUCGCUGCGUCGUCCGGUUCAGGGAGCUUCUCUCAAGCCGCCGGGUUGUUGACAGGUCCUGCCUUGUCGCCAGCUGGUGAGCCGCGCUUCGCAGAUCUCUCUCAGUGUUUCCCUCCGUCUCCGUCGGUGGCCUUAUUCAAAGAGUAUUUGUCGCCGUGUCUGCCUCUCAUCGGAGAUUACGCGUUCCGAGCUGUGGCCAAGGAGCUCGCGAAGAAGGGAGAGGAGAGGCUGCAAGACUACCUCACGAAAAUUGACGUGGAUGAGAAAUCGCUCUACACAAAUGACACGGUGACCAUCGUCGGGCCCUGGGUGCCGUGCCUCAACGAGGAGGGUCGCCUGGAAUUCGCUGUCCCUGUCGCGCGCCCGAGCCAGCCGUGA